AUAUCGUUGUAGCCACUCAGUUAGUAAUGAGGCACCGUCGCGUCCCCUUCUAUAAAGCCUACCUACGCAACAUUGAAGAAAACUUAACAACCAAUUUCAUUAUCAUCCAAUCGUAGUUUGAGCAAGCUUCUAACCUCUAAAAAAACGUGUAAUAUUAGAAUACAGGAUUUCAUUGUGAGAACAACAACAGCAGAUUGGAAUGAAUAAUACGUCCAAAUCAUUCAUCGUGGCAGUUUUAUUGGUGAUGAUUAGCCUAGCUUCUAGUCUUCAGUGUUAUUCGUGCCAGAGCCGGGAGAAUGAAGCGUGUGGCAGAAAUCCGACCGAAGCCAAUCGAAUCACGUGUGCUAUCAACAAAUUUUGCAUCGUUAAACGCACCGAACGUACUGAUUCUACUGGGAGAAAUGUAACGAUUUUGAGAAGUUGCCGCCAAUCCGCUAUGGUGAGUGCAGUCAGUUCCGGAGGAAAUCAAGUUGGCAUUUCUGUUUCCUCGCAAUCGUGCUCAACUGACCUAUGCAAUACCGGCAACGGCCUAAUAGGACCCAACAACAAUUUAUUACCAGGAUUCAACAUCAGCAACAGCAAUAUCAACUUUGGAUUCAUUAAUAAUCAUUUUGAUUUUUUUAAUCAUUUCAAGAAAGUAUUGAACCAAACUUUCAGCCGCCAAUCACCCAGCGUUGUAUCCGAAGCCAAGAGGAUGGUUCUCAAGGAUCUCAAUGUGCCAACUUCGCUGAAAAUGUUUGGCGUCAUUAUUCCUCAGCAGCAGCCAAGCGACGACGGCGACAACCUAAAAAGAUCCGUCGGUGGUAUAGCGAUAAGACAGGGUCGGCUCCCAUAGCCUGGUUUAGAGUCCCGCAUUUGCACAAUAAAGAUUAAGGAGUGUCAGAUGAAUCCGCCUUCAGCAGUGCUUUGAUGUUUCAGCAGCAGCACCACCGAUAGCAGGAUCUGCCGAUGAUGGUGCUUUGAGAUCGUUAUAAAAUGGAUAAUCAUAAUUAUUUUUACUUUUCAUUAUUUCUAUGUGCUUAUCCAUAUUCUUGUCUACACUGUGUACCGUUACUGUAUUUUUUUAAACAUAGUGAAAUUAGAAGAAUUCUAGAGAA